AAUGCCUUCCAUUUCUUAAACUGCGUUUUGUGCCCGCUGACUUUAAGAGCGACGGUUCUGAAUGAGAGUAUAAAUAUUGGCUUAUGUAGAUAGUAUCAACUCCACUGAGAACAAGAAAGAGAAGACACGCAAGGAGAAAUAGAUCCUGACCAACAAAUCCUUUCGCAGUCAUCACAGGAAUUAACUUGGGAGGCUUCGUGAAAACAACUGUUGAUAUUCAUUCUCUACAUUCAAGCCCAAAAAAAUCAGUUCCUGCUUGGACUAUGGAACCAACUCAGUCAGAGAUGAACAUCUUAUCCAACGGGAAGAGUCACGACCCCGAAGGUGACUUGGGGAUGCCAAUGAAGACGUUGCCAGAAGAGGAUCAAAAUGGCACUCAAACAGUCAGAUUUGAUGAUAAUGAUGGGGGACUGGAGAAUGAGGAAUUCUUGCCCAGUGCGGAUGGAGAGAAACAGAUACGCUUCAAAGAUUUUGAAGGAAAGACGUCUUUUGGCAUGUCCGUCUUCAACCUGGGGAAUGCUAUUAUGGGCAGUGGAAUCCUGGGACUGGCGUAUGCCAUGGCCAACACCGGCAUAAUCCUCUUCUUGUUUCUUCUGACUGCAAUAGCAGCUUUGUCAUCUUACUCCAUUCAUCUGCUGCUGAAAUCCUCUGGCAUUGUGGGAAUUCGAGCUUAUGAAGAGCUGGGGAACAGGGCCUUUGGCAUUCCUGGAAAAAUGGCUGCUGGUAUAGCAAUCACCCUGCAGAAUAUUGGAGCUAUGUCCAGCUACCUGUACAUUGUUAAAUCGGAGUUACCGCUGGUCAUCCAAGCUUUCCUGAAUGCGGAGUCCGACUCUGAUCUGUGGUACUUGAAUGGAAACUACCUGGUCAUGAUGGUCUCUGCCAGUAUCAUCCUACCUCUGGCUUUAAUGAAACAGCUUGGUUACCUCGGCUACACCAGUGGAUUUUCUCUCAGCUGCAUGGUGUUUUUUCUCUCCGCAGUUAUCUAUAAGAAGUUUCAGAUCCCUUGCCCAUUCGACGAGUUUACAUCCAACACUACCGCCCACCUCAGCUUGAAUGUCUCAAGCCACGGCCAUGAGUACAACAAUGGUCUGGUUCAUGAAGACCAUGACUCCCACUGCGCCCCACACAUGAUCAACAUUAACUCACAGACAGCAUACACCCUCCCCAUCUUGGCCUUCGCCUUUGUUUGCCACCCAGAGGUCCUCCCCAUCUACACCGAGCUCCGCAAUCCAACCCAGAAGAAUAUGCAGAGGGUGUCCAACAUCUCCAUCCUGGUCAUGUACUGCAUGUACUUUCUGGCUGCUCUCUUUGGCUACCUGACCUUUUAUGGCAAUGUGGAGCCUGAACUGCUGCACACAUACAGCCGGAUUGAUCCUUUCGACACUUUGAUCCUGUGUGUGAGAGUCGCCGUCCUCACGGCCGUGACGCUGACUGUCCCUAUUGUGUUGUUCCCUGUCCGUAGAGCCAUCCAGCAUAUGGUCUUUCCCACAAAGUCUUUCAACUGGUUGCGUCACAUUGCCAUUGCUGUCAUUCUGCUCACCAUCAUCAACAUACUGGUGAUCUUUGCUCCCAACAUUCUGGGCAUCUUCGGCAUCAUUGGUGCAACGUCGGCUCCUUGCCUCAUUUUCAUCUUUCCAGCUGUCUUUUACAUCCGCAUUGUUCCCAAAGAAGAUGAACCCAUGAACUCUGUUCCUAAGAUACUGGCGGCCUGUUUUGCAGCUUUGGGUGUCUCUUUAAUGGUAAUGAGUCUUAGCUUCAUAAUCAACGACUGGACUUCAGGGGGCAGCCAGGCUGCCGGAGGCCACUAGAUGCUUCUUCGGUGUUUGUGAGCUCUGGAAAGGGGAAAUAACUGGUUACGGUAAAGCGAGCACUGCCACUUCACGCAAGGCUGCACAGCACAGAGCUCACAGGGAUGUGAAACAGUAUCUAUACAGUCUUUAGUAUGUCGGUUGGAAUCAAGCUGUAAUUGAUUAGGUUAAACUAGCUCUUUAGGAACAAAAUCCUUGCAUAACAACAUCAUUAAUUUAACUUUUUUUGUGAAUAAUCAGGACCAAACAGGGUCUUUUUUUAUUACCAUCUGUUGGUGUUACCAUGCGGUGAAAUGGUCCUUCUUUUUUAUUGAUACACAAAAAACUGCAGCUGGUACUGUACAGAAAAAGAGGGCAUGGUCGUUCGUCGGGCUGAAGAAGGUAUACAUGAUAAAUAACGUGUGACUUUGUACGCAUAUUACAAACAUUUUCCACAAGACACACAAAAGAGAAUAGAUAAAUGAUCCCAUUCUGACCAGCUGCCCCGUGAACUGUCCAUCGGGAUGUAAUACAAAACAAAAAAAAGUGCAGGUGGCAUUUAAUUUCAUGAUCUGUAGAGUUGUUCUGUAAAGCAUUAAACUAAACUGUUGUUCCAGAUCAGCUAAUUCUCUUUUGAAACCCAGGUGCCUUAAAGCAUUUGGAACAGCACACAAGCACACAGCAAAACUGGAUUGUAUAUUUAUUUAGCUACUAUAUCUGUUUUUAAUUUCAAAUGAACUACAUUACUACUGAUAAAGGCAAUGACCCUAAUGUAUCGUAUGAUAUCAGUUUUUUGUUUGAGCCUACAGUAUAUAAAUGAUAGAAGGAGUUACGACGAAAUAUAUUUAGAUUUUUUUAGAAAAUACAUAGACCAUGAUCUUAGCAUUUCAUACUUCCCCUGGCAGAACAUUUAGCUCACAUAUUCCACUGUCAUCUUGAAUAUAAACCAAGUACACCUCGAGAUUUAAACUGACCAGUGAGUCUAGCUCUUAAAUCUCUUGAAUUAUUGAUCCCUCCCUUUACAUUUCUUAUUUAAGUUUUAAGAAAUUCAGAAAUCCACACUGAAUAGGCACACUUCUAACUUAAAUUAAAUAUUUUAUUGUGUAGUGAAAAUACACUUAUUCACAUUCUUGCAGUUAGAUUAGAAAGUUGAUAUUACAUUAGAUUUGGAUUAAGGUUAAAUGCCUCCCAGACCCUAAAGCUCCCUAUCUAACACUUAAUAACCGGACGUCACCUACCUCUCAUGACAUAUGGUUUCCAGCCAUGCAGAUAGUUUGGGUUGUACUUGCUCAGGUCUUGAGUUACACUAUACGAACACCGAAGCAAUGUACAUAUCUUAAACCGUAUGCAAAUAGAACAAACAACACAUUAUUGACUAGACACCACUUUGGGUAAGUUAGAAAAUGUGAUUUAAAAAAAUAAUAAUUUGGUUGAACCCACCCAAGCUCAAAAAAUGUUCGUCCAUAUCAACAUAAGUUGUAAAGAAUAAGCCUCUGGUGGGAGUUCAUUUUUAAACAUUUUAAGAUGUACUAUGCUUUUCUGAUUCUGUUGUAACAUCAAGCUGGUUUGCAGUAUUUUGAUCCGCUGUCACCCUGUUUGACUAUUGAGACUGGAAUGUUUUGCAUGUUGUUAUGUCCAGUCUGUCCUGUAGUUGUGAACACAGAGAUGUAUCUUCUGACACUGUCCUGCAUCGAUGUUAUUGUGAAACAGUACAUAUGGCAUCUUACAGUGAAGGGUGUUGCAGUCCUAUUCUGUGCUAUAGUUAAUAUUAGUAUUAUGAAACCCUUCUUGAAACAUGCUACAUGAAAUAAUGUUUCAAACAUUACUAUUGUGAUGAUCUGUCAUGUUUGUGAUGUCAGUGAUGACACAUUUAUGGAUACUUUCAGGAAUUCUCCAGGUGAAUUUUGAGACUCACAAUAGCACUACAACAUGCAAUAUAACUUCUUUGUUGUGUGCAAAUUAAAUCUCAUUAUAUACAAAUAACAAAUGAACAAGUUUAACAACUGCACAGAAGGUUUAAACUUUGAACAAAAACUCAGAGAAAUGUUAUAACACAUAUGUGCUGCUCUUAUCCAAAGGUGGUCUUGUAUUGUAUCGCAAAUCUCAGGCUUCAGAUAAGUCCCGCGUGAAUCAUUUCUUCUCCAAAUGUAUUUAUAUAGUAACUAUUCCUUUGGCAAUUUUGAUUUUUUAAUGAAUUAUGAAUAACAGCCUAGGAAAUACUUAUGCACAUAUCAACCUCCGUCCCUUGCUUUUCCACAUGUAUUUACAGUGGUUGUAGUGGUGUAAAUGAAAGUUUAGUUUUGUCAUGUUUAGUGAACAGAGUUUUUCUUCACUUUAAGAUAUCAUGCCAAAACAAAAACUAACUACCUAAUGCUUUAUAAUGCCUUUAACCUUUAAACAGGUACCACCAUUUUAAUACCAGAUGCAGUAUAUCAAAUAUGCAUUUCUCAUGUACCUUAACAAAUCUGUGUGAUAUUUUAUUAUAGCUGUUGUUCAAGACAUACACUGAUGGAAAUGACACAACUAUAAUAUAAUAUGGUAUAUUAAUUCUGGUGAAUAAAACGUGGCUUUAUAUAAAUAAUGUAUAUAAAUGUAAACCUUUUAUAUUUGUGAUGCAUAUUUACAAUAGCUUGUAAAGUGUAAAUAGCAGGGACAGUUUUAGUUAGCCAAUAAAAUAAUUGUAGAUGUUU